AUGCUCGACUUAACACUUGACCAAUGGCUUCAAGUUCUCCAAGAAGCAUGGCAGUACGCACUAAACUCUUUCAACAUGUCGGAGGCUGUUCAGUCGCUAAAGACAGCUGUUGCAGACACCGAUUUUGUUAUUCUGAUCG